AUGUCAGAUAAUAAGCAAGCAGUAGCUUCUUCUUCUGGCAAUCCCUCCCCUGAGGGAAACCAACAAGAAAAAGGAUUUUUCAAGAAAUAUGGUGGUCAGAUUGUUCAAAUGAUAUUCUUUUGGAUGAUUAUGAGAGCUAUUACAGGAGGUUGGAAUAAUAAUAAUCAAAAUACAAAUACACAAAUUAAUGGUGCAUCCCAACCUCAAACUGUUCAUACCAAAUCUGGUUCUAGGGCUACCCUUCGUGAUUAUGUACACAACGUACCUGAUAAUGUUCAUUUUUUCCCUCAUCCCCUCAUCCCUCAUGCUGAUUUGCCUGAAUCAUUUGUUCCUCUUUGGCAACCAAAUACACCCAUGGAGGUGUCUGUUUAUAUUAGUGAAAAUGAAUAUUUUACUAAUUAUCGUAAAGAACCCGAUUUUAAAACUUCGGGUCUUUUUUAUGGUCAAUGGUUCGAAGGUAGAGAGGGACAUCUUGAUAUUCCUGCAACCAAGACAAUCCAACAUAAUGGAACUGUUUAUGCUCACAUUUUUGUAAAUCAAGAUAAAAUGCCAAUCGAUCCUACUGAUGCUGCCUUCAAUCCUGAUUCAAUUGUUUAUUAUAGACAUGUUUUGACAAAAUUUUAUCCUCAAAAGACACAAGUUAAACAAAAGAACUUAUUAAAGAAAGAGAAUGAAGAUAGAGAUGAAGAAGAAGUAGAGAAAGAAAAAGGAGAUGAAGAGAAUAAUAAGACUGAUAUGAGUGCCGGUAUUGUCGGUCUUGGCACAGGUAUCUUGGGCAAUUUGACACGUCGUGGUCCUUUAGUCGCACAUUGGCAACAAAACGUGACUUUAACUUUACUUAGUGAUAAUAAAAAUGUGAUUCCUAAAAACGGGUUACAGCCUCCAGUUAUGAAAUAUGUUCAAUUUGAUACUCAACUUGCACGUACACCUUCUGGUAAACAAGGCUUUUAUCGACCUAUUUUAUUUCCCAACGAUUUUUGGACACUUCAACAAAAUGCGUUUGCAGUCAAUGAAUCAGUCACAAGCUUACCUUUAACGAUUCGUAUUGAGCCUAUUUCAUUGUGGAAAUUUAAUAUCUUUGCUACCUUGGAUGAUUCUAUGAAGCAACAGGCAAACAGUCCUUUAGGUGGUAUGACAGCUGGUGAUAUUGAUGAAGUCAAACGCAUGUUUUUGGAAACCAAUCCCGUUCUAUUGGGCACAACCAUCGUCGUUAGUUUAUUGCAUUCACUCUUUGAAAUGUUGGCAUUCAAGAAUGAUAUCGCCUUUUGGAAAAAGAAGCAAAACAGUACAGGCAUCUCUGUUCGCACUUUGAUCGUCAAUAUCUUUUUUCAAAUCGUUAUUUUCCUCUAUUUGUUGGAUAAUAAUCAAGAGACAUCCUGGAUGGUCUUGAUCAGUCAAGGAUUCGGUCUCCUUUUAGAAAUUUGGAAGGUCUUUAAGGCACUUAAAUAUGAAUUAGUAUGGACACCUGGUUCUCUUUUGCCCAAAUUGGGACUUCAAGAGCAAAAUGCGAAAGAAAAGGAAGAAGAAGAUGAAACGGCUAAAUACGAUGCUAUUGCCUUCAAGUAUUUAAAGUGGAUCUCUUAUCCUUUAUUAGCAGGCUAUGCUAUCUAUUCAUUGUAUUAUGAAGAGCAUAAGAGUUGGUAUUCAUAUGUUCUCAAAACUUUGGUCGAGUUUGUGUAUAUGUUUGGUUUCAUUACAAUGCUGCCUCAAUUAUACAUUAAUUAUAGACUCAAGAGCGUUGCUCAUAUGCCUUGGAAGACCUUAAUGUACAAGUCAUUAAAUACAUUCAUCGAUGAUUUAUUUGCCUUUGUUAUCAAGAUGCCUACUUUGCAUCGUCUAGCAUGUCUUCGUGAUGAUGUUGUUUUCUUUGUAUAUCUUUAUCAAAGACAUGUUUAUAAGGUAGAUCAUCGUCGUGCCAAUGAAUAUGGUCAAGUCGGUGAAGAAGAAGUAGAAGACAAAAAUCAGGAAACCAAAAAGGAUAAAUAA